GCACAGCAAGACGAGCGGCGCCGCCUCAAUGACACUGAAGCGCCGCGGACAGCCCGCUGCAGUGAAAGUGAAACUAACGUGGCAGCUCGCUUCCUUCUGCUCGCAGGUAGUGUUGCGGGAGCGGCCCGGCAGCUGAGGAAAGGACGCCGGUCCUUGGCCGAGGAGAGCCCGCUUUCAGCUCGGGGUUGCGGCGGGUUGUUCGCGGGCUGAAGGCAGUGCCCUGCCUGCAUCGACCCGCCCGCUACCGAGGCUGCCGGGCUCGCUGCGCUCUGGAGCCUGGAAGCGCAGGCAGGAGACUGUCUCCGCUCCGCAGCCCAGCUCGGGCGGCGCAGGUUGGGAGAGUUACCCUCACGCUGCUGCCGCUGCUGCUGCUGUUGCUGCUGCCGCUGAGACUGGAAUCCUGACACGCAGAAGAUAAAUCAAUUCACCAAUGUAAUUGGUGAAUGUCAAAAAUACUUAAACCCAGGAGUGAGUUCUUACUUCAGGCAUCGGAUAACUCCUUCACUCGCCUUCAGAGGUUCAGGCAACAGUGUGCAACCAUUGCUUGACAGCUCAGUAGGAUUGCCGGACAAUCAUGGAUUACUUUCUUAGUAAAGAUUAAAAUGGGCAAUGCUGUGUGUUGCGGAUGGUCAUAUUGCCAAAGUGAGGUGAGAUCAAUGGCUGAAAGUGAACAAGCUUUACUGCAUGUUACCAAUACCAGUUCAUGCGAGACAAAUUAUGUUAAAGAGCAAUCAAUAUCUCCUCAAAAUUCAGAAGUCAGCGAGGGUCCACAAGAGCCAAGAAAUGGAACUGACAACACUGAGGAUUGUAAAAGCUGUGAAAUAAUUGAAAAGACCGAAGAAGAGAAUGUUGGCACGGUUGUGCACAAAACAAUGAAAAAUUACAAAAACAACCAGCCAUUGGAUUCUGCGCCAGAAAAAUGCGAGAGGGACCCGUUACCAGGAUCUGCAGAGAGAAGACAUUUGUUUGAUUUGGAAGAUUCUGGCAAGAAGGCAAAAAUAGCUAAACAACCUCAAUGUGAUUCGAGUGAUGGAGACCAUGAAAAAAAGUUUGGUCAGACGCAAGUGACGAUUCACGGGGAUGAAACCGGAGCAAAAAAUCUAGAAAGUGAACAGUUGGAUUUUGGAAUAGAAGGGAUGAGGAACCACCAGCAAAGUGAACAUAUCAAUACGAGUGUGAAAGCGACUGAACAGGUUUUUAAAGAACCAGAAUUAUUGGAAAUGAAAGAUAACCUCUUUAAAAGUGAUAUUUCCGUUGCUGUGGAUACUGAUGUUCAAAUUGUCUGCAAUCAGGAAGGAAAUGAUGGAGAGGAAGACCUUUACCGCGAUGAAGAUGAAAUCGAGAAAGACAAAUCCCAAAGGCUGCUCGAUGAAAGCCAACUUGCAGCAGUUGCCUCGGAGAAGUCCACUAUUGAACCCAGCAUGGCCAUUUUGAAAUAUUGUACUAGAGAAUGGAAAGGAAACACAGCAAAAGCCCAGCUGAUAAGAAAUGCCUAUGCAGCUGUAUGUGAAGAUUUCAAUUCCAUACGCAGAGUUCGGGGUGAUAAUUAUUGUGCUCUGAGAGCCACACUAUUUCAAGCAUUGCAUAGUGUUGAAAAACUUCCAUGCCUGCAACAGGAUGAUCUGGACCAGAUACCAGAUAAACUCAUUGGAGAAAAACUUAACUGGAUUAAGCAGUGGCAUUUUAGAAUUCAAGACUCUGGGGAUGUAAAUCCUGUGAAACUCUUGAGUGGAUAUUUGAUGGCACUGAAAGACAAGUGCACUCAUUUAUGUGAAAUGGAUUCCUUGAAAGAAAGAAAGGCUGCCUGUGAAAAACUGUUCCAAACCGAUACAGAGGAGUACACAAUGUUUGAAGCUCUGAAAAUUAUGAUGUUGGCUAAGGCUAUUGAACUCGACUACAAUAGAGUGCAUGAAAAAGAGGUCCCUCUAUUCUGCUGGCUGAUGUUUGCUCGUGAUACUUCUACUAACCCUUAUCAGUUCAUGAAAAAUCAUUUGAAUCAUGUCGGCAACACUUGUGGACUGGAUCAGGUGGAAAUGUUUCUUCUGGGAUAUUCCUUGCAAGUGACUAUCCAAGUAUUCAGGCUCUACAAAUUUGGAACAGACGAGUUUAUCACCUAUUAUCCCGAUGAUCACAAGGAUGAAUGGCCCAUGGUUACCCUAAUAACAGAGGAUGACAGACAUUAUAAUAUACCAAUGAAAGACGACCAAGUGACUAUUUUAUAAAGUGAAUUUUAUGGGAUGGAUGUAAUUGGCAAUACAUAUCUGGAAUUUUAAAAAUCCAAUUGUGCUUUUUUGGAAAAGAGUUGCAGCUGUGAUGCAUGACUUUAAUCUUAAAAAAUGCUCAGGUUAAAAUCAAAGGUUGAGUAAAUGAUAUGUAGGCAAGAAGAAUAAAUCUGCUGUUCCAGACUUUUUCUGGUGUUCUAUUAAUACUUUGUAAGUUGUUCCUUUGUACACAGAAACUGUCUUCAUAAAUAAUACUUGGAAAUUAUAUAAAUAAACAUGUAUUAUACAUGUAA